AUGAAACAAAUUGACACAGGAAUAACCAGCAAAGUGUGGGCAGUUGACAAUAAUGGAGAAACAUUCAGUCUGGGGUCAGAUCAGAAAUGGAAAAAGAUGAAUUUUCGACUCACUCACGUUAGCGCUGGUGGAUCUGGUAAGUUUGUGUGACUGAUUAAUAAAAAAAGAAUUAAAUUGGCACUUAAAUUGCGGGCAAAGACUAAUUUCCCCGGGCCAACAACUGGACCAGCCUCCAAAUAAAAAAUGAAGUAAAUAUGCAUAGACAUGUACCUCUUAACUCGUCUCCCCGAAUGCAUGCAGGAUUCUGCCAUUCAAAAUUCCCCCGGGGGGGAGCAUGCGUGGAACCCCCUAACGUUCCCUAGUACUGUACGAUGGAAAUUUUAGUUAUAUAUCGUCGCGAGCACCUACAGUAUAAGUCUCUCGACAGCCGUGCGGAUUAGGCAAUUGCUAUAUUUAAAAAAAAACAAUAUCAAGUGUCGUAAAUUUUCUGUUCUCGUAAAUUUUCUGACUUCAAAAGUGGCUCAAUAUCUAUCCCAGUUUUGUGACCAGUGUUACAAAAUGUAGUAAGCAUAUUUGGCGAGAGAGAUAACGAAAAGAAUCGAGCAAUUUGUCAACGAUACCCUUAACUAUAGGUUAGAUUGGCUAGGUAGAGAAAAAGUUACGUGAUUAUAAUUAAGGCAUUAAAUAAAGUAAAUACAUUGAAAUUUAUUCUGACUAGUAGCCAUGUACGAUAGUAUUCCCAAAAUAUAUAAUCACGUAGCCAAGAAACCACGCAGCCAAAUCCAUCAGGUGUGUGCCCAGUUAGCCACGUAUCUCUAAUAUUUAACAAUUAUUCGCCGAAGGCGAAGUGAUUGCCGGUGAAUAUUCACCGAGACGAAGUCGAGGUGAAUAUUCACCGUAAUCACUGAGCCUGAGGCGAAUAAUUGUUUUAGUAUAAAUUUUUAAUGAAUAAAACAAAAUAUCCGAAUAUCAGUUCAAUUAAAUUUCAGAAAUAAAACUGUUUUCGGCCUGUUCACUAAUAGUGUUGCAGUGUUUCUUCUACGCAAACGCUUUCAAAAUGGCUUCUUGUGUGACUUUAUUGCUUUAUUGCAAAGUUGUUUUUCUCGAUUUCUGCAUGGAAAAUAAACACAAUAAACGGAACUACUCUUUCACCAGACUUAGAACUAAAAAUAGUUUCUGUUUACAAUUAAUUUCUUCAGGAAAUGGCUGAGAAUUUUGGUAAAACGAAAUGUAAAACUAUAUCGUUCGAAAUAAAGUUUUAAUAUAAACGCUUUUUACUUUACAAGUUUCGAAAAAACAAUACAGCGGUCAGAACACCAUACAGCACAAUGAAAACAUAACAUAUCAAAAGAAAUAGUGUCGUACAAAUUGGGAAAUCUAUAGCAUACAAAAUAAAAUUUAUUUUAAAGAAUAUCACGGCAAGGUUUUCCCCAAAAGUCGGGAUGGUUUUUGCUAUUUGUUUGAAGUGAAUGCUUCGGAGUUUUAGAUAAGUUUUAAAUUGUCCGUGAAUAUGUUUGACACAGUAAAAUAAUAAAGGAAUCCUACCUUUCAAGUUAAAUACAACAUUUUGUGCUUCUUUCGUUUUCUGGGGACGAUUUUGUCAAUAUUUUGUCGAUUUUGAAACCAAAUUUGCCGAAUCAUUCUUUUUGAAAAGCAUUAUUUACUUCCCAGUUGGUAAAUAAUGCCUCAGAUUUACUAGUCAGCUAGCCAAUCAGAACGCGCGAAAGCUCAUUUGAUAUGCAAAAUUUAUUCUAAUCACGAAUAGCAUGUAAUUGAAUAUAUCAUAUAGCCAAGAAGGCAGAGUACAGCCAAUGAAUGUUGUUCACUCUAGUGAACUAUGUUGCCCCCCCCCCCCCUUCAUACCAGUGAGAGUACCUUCUGUCUAAAAUAAGCAAAAUCGAAAGAUUAACUUACUUUAAUGUGUUUUGUAUUCCCAUCAUCACAACUUUGUCUAGUGGAUGAAAUAUAUCAAACAUUGUGUCUGAAGAUGCCAAGAAUCAAUCCCCAUGCAGAGGCUCAAAAUUGCAACUUUUUCCAGUUGACCACCUCCUAAUCGAGCGGAAGCCUUUCGCCGUGAUGUUAAGUCGGUUUUCCAUUUCGCCCGUAUCGUACCGAAACGUACUGGUGGGCAUGCGCAGAUUGAACACGUACUUCCGGGUGUAUUUGCGUGCCAAAAUGAAAAGUUCGUCGCAAGCCAACUUUUUGGCGUACUGCGGAAGUACUAACCAAUCAACAUUCACGAAAUUGUGAAAUUUAAAAACGUUUUUGAUACAUUUCGGUACGGUACGCUUAAAGUGGAAAACCGGCUUUAGUAACCAAAUUACUCUCCGUCCAAGGGCCUUCGCUCGAAACGUCGAAGUUUUACUUGUAUUUUUCACUUGACGUCACAAGGCUUAAUGCCUGCGAGGAAUGCUGGUAUUAGUAGUCAUCGCCCGGGAAAAAUAAACAAUUCAAAAGAGCCAGUAUCAAUAUUUUCCCGGGCGAUGACUACCAAGACCAGCAUUCCUCGCGGGCAUCAAGCCUUGUGACGUCAUUAUGCAUAAGGUCUAUUGCUAACCAUCUCAAUUUUGUUGGAAUAAUAUACUUAUUUUUCUUAUUCUCGCGAUCGAUUGUACCGUCCUAUUUAUGUUCCUUUACAUUGAUUUAACUUUAGGCGUUUGGGGUGUGGAUACAAACAAUAACGUGUUUCGUCGUGUCGGCGGCGGCAAUUGGAAACGUAUACCUGGUCUUAAACUGAAGCAGAUCGAUUCUGGCCCACAAGGAAUUGUCCUAGGGGUAACCAAGAGUAACCAAGUUUAUUGCCGCAGUGGGAAUAAAUGGAAAAUUAUUAAUCGCCGUUUGAAGUACAUCAGUUGCGGAUCCACGCUGGGAAGUACGGGAUGCUGGGGAAUAAGCCCUGGUAACCGCGUUUAUUACCGGGAAGAAGUUACUCGUAAAAAUUGUGCUGGAACAAGUUGGGUAAGUUAACUAAUUGAUCUUGAAAUAAAGUAGGAAAUAAACUCCAAAUAGAAAUUCCAUGAUCUUGAAACUUAAUAUCCAAGUAUGACGCAAUGCGCAACUGCAGUGAUCAGUUCGAAUACAGACAAACAGGUUGAAUACAUACAUACAGGUUGAAUACAUGAGGCGAAGCGGAGUGUUUCUAACCAGGUUAUCUGUAUUUAGAAAUCAGAGGAAGAACAUUUGCGAGUGUUGAAUAUAACUUCUCAACCGAAUCAAUAUUUUAGGAGAAAAUGAGUUUUUAAACUGACGAAAAAUGGCUGUAAUCUUCCUUUUAUUUCUAAAUACGGAAUUAAUAUGCAUUUCUUUUGAAUUUCCUUUAUGAAUUAUUAAUGAGUUUGAGAAGGCAGUUCUCUUUGGGACACUUGUUUUUAACCUCGUAACAGAAUUUUUCCUCCGAAUUUAAAGAAGAACAAAACGAACUCGAAAUUAUCUAUUGUCAAACAAACGUAAUGCGUACUAAUUACGUACUUUUGUAUGUAAGAAAUUUCUAUUUGUCCAUUUGGAAGGUAACAAUUGACGGGCGCAUGAAACAAAUUGAAGUGGGCGGUAACGGUGAUGUCUAUGCCGUGGAUUCCGAUGGAAAGUUAUAUGUCCGAGAGGGUGUGAGUUCAAGUAAUCUCUACGGUUCAGGGUGGAAGUUUCUGCGCGGAGCAUCGAGUGUAACAACUGGAUGGUCUGGGCAAUAUUUGUUGGAUAACGGAAUAGUUUAUCGUUUAUCAGGUAAAAUAGGAAAAUUGCGGUUUUGGGAGGGCCGGACUAUUGGACAUGUGUGAUGUUGUACCAUUGGUAUAACCAACGCAGUGAUUUUGAAAUAACUCCUCUUUAUAUAAAUUUAUUAAAUUUUUCAAACAUCACUUGAAGUGUAUAUCAUUAAUUAAUAAAAAUUGCACCUUCCCGCCUAUACUAAUAAAACGUUAUCCAGAAUUGCUUCCAAAUUGAAAGCUGUACUACAUUUAAUUUUACUAUUACAACUGAGUUGCCACAAGUAAAAAAAAAGAUGACAAUAAGUUAGACAACAUAUGUAAAAAUAAAUUAUUUUCAGCUUCAGUUUGUUCUAUACAUGAAUAAUUUAUUUUUCUAGGUGACGAGGGCCUGUUGCGUACAUCAGAAGGAGAUCUACUGCCCUUAGAUACGAGUUGUAAGGCGUCAGCCUGCAUACAGGCUUGCUUUCUGGCCGGUGAUAUGCGCGCAAAUGACCAGCAGGGACUGACAGCAUUCCACACUUUGUUUAUGCGUGAGCACAACCGGAUUGCUAAAAUCUUGAGAAAUUUGAACCGACACUGGGAUGGGGAAAAGAUUUUUCAAGAAACCAGAAAAAUUAUUGGCGCCAUCAUACAGAAAAUUGUCUAUGUGGACUACCUACCAAUCCUUCUCGGGCCUGGUGCUUUACCACGUUAUUCAGGCCACUUGGACAAUGUUAACCCAGGCAUAAUCAAUGCAUUCACACUUGCAUACAGACUUGGGCAUAGUAUGAUUAGAUCAAAGUUUGAUUUACUUAAUCCAAAUUUCGAUCCAAUCGCACCGGCUGUAAACCUCAGAUUUCUGUUUUUUAACAGCAGUAAUAUUAAUACAUAUGGUAUCGAGCCAUUGCUAUUCGGGCUAGCUGGCAAUGUUUCUGAAAAGGUGGACACACAUCUGACCACGGAAAUUACGGAACAUUUAUUUGAACGCGGAAACAGCCAUGGAGAGAAUCUUGCUGCAUUGAACAUACAACGCACGCGAGAUCACGGUCUUCCAGGCUAUAACGAAUACAGGAAACUAUGCAAGCUUGGAGACGCGAAAACGUUUGAAGACACUUCAAGCGAAAUUCAGGAUCGGGAAAACAGGCGCAUCUUGAAAGAAUUAUACAAUAAUGACCCCGGUCUAGUUGAAUUGUGGGUGGCUGGUAUUGCAGAAACUCCUCUUCCAGGCGCUGUUGUCGGUCCAACAUUGCGUUGUGUUGUCGGCGAACAGUUUAAGCGUGCCAGAGAUGGUGAUCGAUACUUCUACGAAAACGAGGGUAUUUUCACUCCACGUCAAGUACAAGAAAUUAGGAAAACUAGCCUGUCCCGACUUUAUUGCGAUAAUUUAAAAGACAUCGUGUCCAUUCAAAGGAAUGCGUUUAAAUCUUCAAUUAAGCAACCUCGACCUUCAUGUGGGGAAAUAGCAGGAUUAUCGCUAUGUGCCUGGAAGGGUAAGACAAUUAUUAAUGACCUGUAAUUGCUAAAAUAUUAAGGUUAGUCUAUCUUUAUCUGAAAAGCGUAAUUUUCCAUUGACAACCCAGCAAAUCAUUUAUGAGGUCCAGAAACAUUUAGGUCAUAUCCUCAUGUUAGAUUUAAGGUACUGUAUAGAGCAGUGAUUAUGGACAUGAUGAAAGAAAAUCAAAAUAAACACCUGUCCUAAACAUGAUAAGUAUUACCGAAAUUUAUUGCACCUUACGUUUAGGGGCCAUACACAUAAUUCGUGACGAUUACGGUGGUAUAGGGGUGUGCUUGAGGCUUGAACAAUAGUCACAUUGGGGGGGGGGGGGAUAUCACUUUGUGGAUUGUCACUUGACGAAGAGAUGACAAUAUAUUGUGGAAUCAGUCCAAACCAUGAUAAAUGGUAUAUUUUGAACUGGAUGACGUAUUUUCAUACCUGGAAGUGACACUCUCCUUCACAGAGCCUCACGAAUUUUUAGUCAAAUUACGUAAUAAUACUGGCAACAGUGGUAACAUAGGGACAGUUGAGGUCGCUUAUAAAGAGAAUAUUGUAACAUUUUGAUAAUCAACCCAAACAUUUUGGGCAAUACAAAUUGCAAAAUAUGCACAGUUCUGGGCGUUCUUGGCGGGUUAAACAGCCUAGCUUGUCAUGGGCAUGCAUGUGGUAAUCGUAAUCCCAUGGUCAGAAAUCCCAGACGUAACUCAUUCUACUUUCUUUCUAAGUAAACAUGACUUUGAAAUAUAACUUCAACUGUAAACAGUCGCUGGUUGUAUAACAAAGUAGGUCGUUUGUAUUUUGCCGAAAACAAUGCAUCUUUUAGGAGGUUAAUUUUUACAACAUUUAUGUUUUUAAUUGGAUAUAAAAAUAUUGCACUAGGAAUAAAUCUAAAAAACAGGGUAUGCAGUAACUUCAAAUUGGAUAAAAUAGCACUAUAUACUUCUACAGAUCAUAUUCUUAAACUUUUUUUUAUGGUGAACUGCUUGUAGCUACUUCAGUGUGGACAAACCCUUCUAGUGUCUCAAAAUAACUAAAGUGCUUAUGACAUUAAAAUUUACCUAAUCUAUUCUUGAUUGCAUUGCAAAGACCACUUAAAAUGACUAUGUACCUUUUGUAGAAAAUUUGUAGCUCUCUUCCUUCCCGAGAUAUUCAACUCUUUUGAUAUUAUGCAAAUGUCAUCAGUAUGACGUCACGCUGCAUCAUUAAUUUUCAAAUUGGUUAAAUAUUCCAUACACAGAUACGGAGCUAGGUCUAAUGAUUAAUUAGUUUAUUCACAUAUACAAGAACAAUUUUAACAAUUUGUUAUCAUUACCGCACAAGAUAAAAACUCUGUUAUUAUAUAGGAGCUCCGAAUAUGUAGUGUGAUGUCACACUGAUGAUACUGUAUUUGUAUAUAAAAAAACGUUGAAUAUCUCUCGGGAGGGGAGAGAGCUUCAAGUUUCUACCACAGAGGUUAUACAGUCAUUUUAGGUGAUUUUGGCAGUGCAAUCCCAUGCAAGAAAGAAUUGGGUGAAAUUUUGUGUUAUAGUUUUUCAUGUUUUCGUUUAAAGGCGCAGUUCAGCCUUUUGAAUGAUGCCGGUUUUUCAGGCGCAUUUCAGCCCCUUUAAUUGAAAAAUCUAACUAUGAAAAUCACUUAAGCACAAUUCAAGAUCAGAAAACUUGAUGGUUUAGCAUUUUAAAACAUUUUAUUGUUUAAAAACCAUUGAUUGUCCUAGCUAGCCUUUUCAAUUAAAAGGGCCGAAAUGCGUCUUAAAAACCAUCGAUCAAAAGGCUGAACUGUGCCGUUAAUAAUUAAAAAUUAUGAUCGUGGUUGCACGUUUCAUCUCGCCUUAAUACUGUUGGACGAUGACUUAAUUAUACGAAAAUGCAAAGAAACACCGUCACCUAAGCUUGCACAAAUUAACAUAAAUACAAAAACGUAACUCAAUUACUUCCGUUUAGUUUCUAGACCACCAUAUCUUGAUAUCGCCUCCGCAAUCUUAACUUACGCGCUCAUUUGCCCUCAUCAGAAACUUCAUAUAAGUAUCUGGGAGGAGAGAGGGUUAAAAUUCCCGAAAAGAAAAUCUCCAAAGACUUGCAAACCAGUGGCGUAGCCAGAACGAUAAUUGGGGGGGGGGGCAUAUUCAUAUAUUCGUGUUCUGCUUUAUUAAUUUCUUUUGAAAUCAAUUGUUUUUAUGGUAUGUGAACACGAAUAUAUGAAUAUGCCCCCCCCCUCAAUUAUCGUUCUGGGUACGCCACUGUUGCAAACGACCUUGCGCGUGGUUGCUGCUCUCAGCUCUCGCAAUGAACCUGUUUGGACAUCCAACUAUCAGAUACGCUGGGCCACUGGUAUUCUGCUAACGUAUGGUUUUGUAAUUAUUUAGAGUGCUUAACUGGCGAACCCCAUUUUAAUCCAAAUACCCGCAAAUGUGUAUGUAGAUGCUCAGAGAAAACAAAAGAUUGUCCCAGUAAGUGGAAUUUUUUAAUUACUUGAGGUAUUGCACGGUCUCCGUUUUUUUUCUCUAAUAGUACUAUUUGCGAUACUUCCGUGCAGUAAUCAAAUAGCUUGCGUGCAGCAUCAACUCGACUAACCCUUCAACUAUUGUUCAAUCGAGUGAGAUGUCAACAAAAUCGUGAUAUUUAACAAACUAGCAGACUAAAAUACCACACUACCAGACAAACUAACAGACUAACAGGCGAACAAACUAACAAACUAAUAAACUAAGAAACUCACUAACAACCUAACAAACUAACAAACUAACAAACUAACAAACUAACAAACUAACAAACUAACAAACUAACAAACUAACAAACUAACAAACUAACAAACUAACAAACUAACAAACUAACAGACUAACAGACUAACAGACUAACAGACUAACAGACUAACAAACUAACAAACUAACAAACUAACAAACUAACAGACUAACAAACUAACAAACUAACAAACUAACAGACUAACAAACUAACAAACUAACAGACUAACAAACUAACAAACUAACAAACUAACAAACUAACAAACUAACGGAGUAACGGACUAACAAACUAACAAACUAAAAAACUAAAAAACUAACAAACUAACAAACUAACAAACUAACAAACUAACAAACUAACAAACUAAUUUAACAAACUAACGGACUAACAAACUAACAAACUAACAGACAAACAGACUAAAAGACUAACAAACUAACAAACUAACAAACUAACAAACUAACAGACUAACAGACUGAAAGACUAACAAACUAACACACUAACGGACUAACGGACUAACAAACUAACAAACUAACAGACAAACAGACUAACAAACUAACAAACUAACAAACUAACAGAUUAACAGACUAACGAACUAACAAACUAACAAACUAACAGAUAAACAGACUAACAGACUAACAAACUAACAAACUAACAAACUAACAAACUAACGGACUAACAAACUAACAGACUAACAAACUAACAAACUAACAUACUAAUAAACUAACAAACUAACAAACUAACGGACUAACAAACUAACAAACUAACAAACUAACAAACUAACAAACUAACAAACUAACAUACUAACAAACUAACAAACUAACAAACUAACGGACUAACAAACUAACGAACUAACAAACUAACAAACUAACAAACUAACAAACUAACAAACUAACAAACUAACAAACUAACAAACUAACAAACUAACAAACUAACAAACUAACAAACUAACAAACUAACAAACUAACAAACUAACAAACUAACAAACUAACAAACUAACAAACUAACAAACUAACAGACUAACAAACUAACAGACUAACAGACUAAUAAACUAACAGACAAUCAGACAAGCAGACAAACAGACAAGCAGACAAGCAGACAAACAGACAAACAGACAAACAGACAAACAGACAAACAGACAAACAGACUAACAGACUAACAGACUAACAGACUAACAGACUAACAGACUAACAGACUAACAGACUAACAGACUAACAGACUAACAAACUAACACGCUAACAAAUUAACAAACUAACAAACUAACAGAUGAACAGACUAACACACUAACAGAUAAACAGACAAUCAGACAAUCAGACUCACAGUCAACCUCGUACCCAGGUUAUUUUCUCUUAUGCUCGGUACACAGCCGCCUGCUGGUACGAGGAUGACUAACAGUCUAACAGUCUAACAGGCUAACAGACUAGCUUGUUAACAGUCUAACAGACUAAAACUAGCUGACUAACAAACUCGCACAGCAAAUAUAAAGCAAUGCCGAACUUCGUUUGUGCACCGCAAUAUGCUUUAGUUUGGAUGCGUUGAGACUGAGAGACUCAGGCAAAGGAAAUUUAUAUUCGUGAUGUAAUUAUCGUCAGCGUGAACUAUGUGAACGCCGCCUUUUUGAAUGUCAACAACACUAACUGUACAUUUGUGACGGGCACAAUGUAAGCAUUUGUUGAUUCUCAUGUUUAUAGUGAAGUUUUAUUUAAGAAUUCUUUAUAUUUAUGCAUCGAUCACACAACAUGUCGGCCUUAUAGAAUAUUGUUUGUCCAUAGCCUAUCGACAUGGCUUGUUUAAUAGACGACCGCAUUGGUCUGGUGUAACAUGAUGAUGUGAAAUAUUUAACAAGCUAGCUUGUAAAGCUCAUUAUAUCAUAGUAACAUAUCCAUAAAAUUUUGUAUUGAAAUAGGAUCAGUAUAUCUUUGUGCAUUUGUAGUUUUUCUUACAAUGGAUAAGAAUCAAAUGUUCGUUUGAGAUUAUCAAUUUAAAUUUAAUCUAAAUACGUUUUUCACGCCCAGUCGAGACCACGCCCAGCGCCGACAACGCCCCGGCCUCCAAAAAUUUUUGACUGAGGUACGAAAAAUCCUAGAUCCGCCCCUGAUUUGUGUUGAUCAUAUCAAUAUGGCUAUACAUGUAAGCUAAACCUAGCACACGCUCUAUCCAUAUCUUAGCAUUUAAUUGGCUGAUUAUGAUUUCAUGAUAUGGAGAUAAAAUCGUGCAACAGUACUUGUACUAUUGCAUGCCCAGCCGUAUGUUUUUGUUUUGUAUUUAAUUCACUAAAAUUGAUUUAUUUUCAAUAUUUUGGUGUAUUUAUAAAACAAAUGAAGAAUGUUUUCAUUCGUGCAAUAGUUAUACAGUCAUUUUAAUUACACGAUCUUUCGGUGAAAGAUGAAAAUUCCACCUAAUGAAACUGUUUUUACCAUUACACUCAGAAACAUUCAUUUUGUGUAUAAUAUUUUACAAUAUAUGAUAAUUAUCUACAAUAUGUGUAAAUAGCAACAUGUUUUAUAAUCUUACUGACCAUGUUUUAUAAUCUUACAGAUAAAUGGACAGAUGCGUCUGGGUAUUCUGCACUACCAUUUUCUAUAUACUCUGAAAGGGGUCGUGGAUAUAAACCAUCUAGAUUUGUCGACUUGAAUGGAGAUGGCCUUUUGGAUUUCGUGUAUCACAUAUUAACCCCUAAGAAGUCGUUUAAAGGAGCGUACCUUAACGAUCCUACUUUGAAAAAGUUCGUGCACAAACCUGAAUUUGAUCCACCAGUCGCUCUUGCUACAGAAAAAUCUAGUGAUCUAGGUAUCAGCCUUUAUUAAUACAGUUAGUUAAUGUUUGCAUUCAUGGUGCGUUAUCCAAAUCCAACCUGAACUCGCCUGCCCCCAGAGUUGCAAAAAAGCUACGGGUAUGCGGGUAUACCAUCCGGUGGGAAGAUUUACUACAUGAGGAAGGUUAAUUAAAGAGGGAUUUACUUAGUAUUUUUGUGCUGGUAACUAUUGUGAUAUUUAUCAAAUGCAUGACUAGGAUAUUGGAAGAAACAGUGAAAACUGUCCGAUAUUCUGUAAAAUAUACAGGGUCGUACAGGUAUUUAGCAUUUUCUAACGCCGGAACAAAAUGUUAAUAAACGAUGCUAAUGGAAGUACGUCAGUUGUCACCGGGCGAUAACUAAACUAUAUGCCUUUCCAAUUUUCCGGCAUUUCCAUAUGAUCAACCAGACUACAGUAAUUAACGCUAAACACCAGUCAGUAGCAAUAUGACAAAGCAUAUAAAGUCGAUGACAAGAUGAAAUUAUUAGUAUAUGUUCUAUUAAAAUUUCAAAAGUCAAAAUUCACAAUGUUUUGAGGAAGGUUAUGAAAACUCGAUAUCCUACCCAGUGGAAGGUUAAAGGCUUUUUGCAACUCUGUCCCGCUCAAUAUUUCGCGAAGUGUCCGCCAAACUCUACUUACAUGUGUUGUUAACAGCUAAACGUAGCUCUUUCCUUCGAUUGUGUUUUAAAAAUUAAACAAGAUUGCUUACAUUCCACACCUGCAAUAAGUCUUUGUUUGCAAUGAUAUAAUUUUGAGAUUUCAGUUGACGGGCAGGUAUAAGAGAAACUGGCUAUUUUAAUGUAUUGAUCGAGUUUAGAGACAGUUUAAGACUCAAAAGGGGAAUUACCGUUCAGUUUUUCUCCCUACAGCCAUUCAUUCGUCCACAAGUUGUUUGAUUGCCUGUCAUUUGGAUGAAAUGUCACGUGAUCGUAAACAAUGAAUUCACUAAUCUAUAAUUAUAUGUUUUUAGGCGUACGGUUUGUUGAUUUAAACGGUGACGAGAAAGCUGACUUGGUUUACGGCAGAUUGACCAAUAAAGAUGAACGCGUGAAAGGCGCGUAUAUAAAUACAGGCAGUGGCUGGAAGUUAUCUCCUGAGUAUAUCCCACCGCGCCUUAUCGUUUCCGAUGACGAUGGGGAUUUGGGUGUCAGAUUUGUCGAGCUUAAUGGUGAUGGGAUGGUUGAUUUCGUGUUUUACCGGUAUAUCAGUGAGAAGAAUCAGCCAAAAGGUGCCUUCAUUAAUACAGGUAUGUGAGAUCAAAAGUGCCACGACUGAUUUAUUAAUUAUUUAUUAACCAUCACACUAUUCUUGACGAGGAAUGGUUGUUUACGUGAUCUUCGUAUGUGAAUUUGACAAUGCAGUGUAUGCGAAAAAUGUGUCAGAAUGGAAACGUAGGAAUUAGAAUCCAAUAAUGAGGAAUUUAGCCUCCAAGCUAGUGGCAUACAUUUGUCUUUGUUAAGAACUAUUAGUCUUUACAAUUAGGAUAAAAAUGUUAGAAGUUUGUUGCCAUCUAAAGUCUAAACCUCAUUAUGUUGCGCUCGAGAAUAUCAAGUAAACGCAAGGCCUUUUAACAAUAUAACAGGGGAAAAGCCCCAGUCAGGGCCCAUGGUCCCCUCCAUCUCAUCAAGGUCCCUUUUCUCUAAAAUAUAAUCGAAACAUUGGAAGAAAAACGGAAUUUAAAAGUGGGGGUUGAUAUUCUAGUAACUGAAGUAUCUUUUUCUUGAAAUGAUUCAAUGUCUUUUUAAAAAUAUUAAACAUUGUGUUGUAAAUACCUUAGAUUUUAAAAAUUUCCCUUUGGAUAGCAUAUUCCAGACCCUAUAGAUUUGAGUUGUUGGAACGCUAGGCUAAACAAAUUAGUGACCGAGUUGUGAUAUUCACAUGCAAAGACAUACCAUGCAAGUGCUGUAUUUCUAAAAAUCUGUUUCAGAAAACGCACGAAAUGCAGUCCUAUAUAGGGGCGGGAAUAUACGAAAAAUGUGGUGGGCCCCAGAACCCCCUACUAUUACAUACGGUUCGGAAGACAACCCCCCCCCCCCCUCCCAACUGACGAUUUCUUAAACACAUGCAGGCAAAACCUUUAUAUUAUUUUGCUAAUGCAUGAAAACUGUUAACGAUCCAAUGAAAUCAAAGCACGCCGAACUUCAGAACGUUAUAAGAAAUAUUCACUGGAAAAAAAUUUAAUCAUAUCAAAGUUUUCUGUAAUAAGGCGCUGGCUUUUUGGCAGGUUAGUAGUAUAGCUAGUUUCAUCUAUUUCGAUGAGUUUUACCCCUGUAGAAGAAUACAGUCGAAUGGCCGGUGCUCGUCAUAAAUUGAUUUUGAGUUUAACAGAUCUAGACAGCACUUCAUCGCGAUUGGUUCAUCCGUUAUUAGUGAGCUUAAGCAAGCGACGUUUUUACCAACACGAACGUUAACCAGAAGCUCAUGAGGGCCGGAUGCCGGCGCUAAGGGGGCAGCAUUUCCAAAGUCGUGCGUUUUCACGUGAAUAGAAAUUGAGAACUGUUUUCAAGCAAUUUAACUCAAAUUUGAAUCUGAAAUUCCUGUUGUAGAGACGUUCCAAAGAAAACUGAAAAUUCGCGUCGUGUUGCCAAAUUACGUCCGAUCUGUAUGGGCCUUUAAAGCUGUAUAUUGAAAAACAUAAUUUGAAAACACACUCCAAACUAUAAAAACAUCCAAUUUCUCAUAGUUCCUAAAAAUUAAUAAAGAGCUUUCUUGUUUGUACAGGGAAUGGUUGGAAAGCUGCACCGCAAUUUACACCACCAUAUCCUAUAGCGUCUGAUUAUGAUCAUGAUAACGAUUAUGAUUAUGAUUACGAUUAUGAAGAUCAAAGCGUAAGAUUUGUAGACCUGAACGGAGAUGGCCGAAUGGACAUUGUAUAUCGUCAAUGGAUAAGUUCAGAUCGCGUAGAAAAAGGCGCAUAUAUCAAUGAUGGUCACACAUGGGUGUGGUCACCACAAUUUAUACCACCCAUUCACACUGAUAACAAGGGAGCUAAAUUCGUAGACCUCAAUGCUGAUGGGAAAGUUGAUUUGGUAUAUCAUACAAGGAUCUCGUCAAAGGUAUGCCACUCUUUAAGAGACCGGUCAUUAUAUAUAGCGGGGGGAGACACCGAAGAGUAAAAGGUUGGGUAAAUGAAAAACAAAACAACUCAAGGGUUGGGUAAUAAAAAUUUAUUGUCAUUUUCAAAGUAUGACUUGCACAAAUAUUGAAAACUAAAAAAGCAUCGUCAACAGUCAUAUGUCAAUACAAUUUGUAAAUCAAUCAGAGUCACUAUCUUGAUCAUUUUCCAAGGCAAUCGUGUCUCCAAAAAAGUACAUGAGCAGACAACACGAAACUUUAAACUACAAAGCGAUAAAGGACUUUAAACUUAGAUUGCAAACAGUUAUAAAACUCAUGUCACAGAAGAGGUAAAGCCGGAUAUGUGAGACAACUGAAGGUUUCCUUUACGCUUUGGCCAGGGGUGGGUAUUUAUUUUCCAAUUGAUAUCUGAGGUUAGGUAAGAAAUUUUUAACUUUUUAAUGGUUAGAUGAGCAACAUUUUUAUCAAGAAAAACAUUUCUCCAUAAAUAAUGACCCGUCCCAAAUUUUUUUAGAAAUUACUAGCAAUAGAUUGAUAUUAUACCCAUGCAUAUAUAGAUGAAGAAAGAAUCGGGAUUUUCCAAAUGUAACAGAUGCUAUUAGUAUGGUGGUUGUGAUUUCAUACUUUCGCGCAGGAAAUAUGGGAUCUGCGCCACUACUGUAGGAAUGGUAUUUGCAUCAGCAAUUUUGCUGUCUUGAUUGAGAUUUUGUUAAUUAACCAGCUUCUCGUGUGACUUGGACGCAGACAAAUAAUUGACUGGGAAAAUAGGAUUUACGCAUCGCCUACUCCCCACUAUUAUUAUUUCUGCGAACAUAAUUAUGGUAUUUGCAUAUCACUCCUCGAAAUAAACAGUCGUUUCAAAUUGAGAGCGGUGUGGUUAUUAAGGAUUUUAUAAAGAAAUAAAGAUAUAUUUGUGAUGGUCACGUCUUACAUCAAGAGGUUUCCAAGACAGUAGAUGAAGGGCCUCAGCAGGUCUGAUUUCAUGAUUGGCCCCAUAUAGGUGACCUAGCUGCCUUAAUGUUUAAGGCUAACUUCGGAAUUAUUUUAUAGUUAUUUUAAGUUGGUCAUACACGGGCUUUAAAGCCAAUUCUGUUUGACGACAACAAUAACAUUAAAUCAGGUUAUCCAAUAAAAUUAAACAUCCGAAACUCGGCUUACUGUAGCUGGUUUAACUCAACAGUAAAUCGUCACACGCUAACCGCAUUGGCUACCUGUUUUAUUCAGAAAUCGAGAAAAGGUGCGUAUAUGAACAAUGGAUAUCGCUGGAUUUGGAAAUCACAAUACACUCCACCAUUUCCCAUUGCUGAUGAGAAAAAUGGCGAUUAUGGCGCAAGAUUCGCUGAUGUCAACGGGGAUGGUUUACCAGACAUGGUUUGGAACAGACCAGGAGACAAAGGAGGUGCUAUCAAUACUGGCUGCGAAUGGAAGCUUGAUGAUGCAUUCUCCCCUCCUUAUAGCAUAGCAAGUUCAAAAGGAAAGGAUUUGGGCGCACGAUUUGUUGACCUGGAUGGUGAUGGAGCCGUGGAUAUGAUAAGGAGCUUGGAGCAAAAGAAUAAAAGCAAGAAGAAAGGAGCAAAACUUGGUAAGGAGAAUCUUAUAUAGGGGAAACUGAUUUAAUAAUGUUUUUCCCUCACAGUUUUAUAUACAUGCAGUAUAGACAAGAAUGAAGAAAAUAUAAUCGCAUUAGAUAUUUCUCAUAAAGACAUGGUAAUACUUCAGUUUCCACUUUCCUGUAAAUGCGAUUUGACAUGGAACAAUUUUUAGGAACAAUUUUGCAAUUGUAACCGUUGCCGAGCCAAUCAAAUUUCAUGUAUAACAUUAUUUGCACUGCGAAUAAUUAUUGUCAGAUAUGUCAUACACAGGGAAAUAUAAUCAAUAUUCGUCAGUCAAUCUUAAUUCCCUGGGGGGGGGGGGGUAGGAUAUUCAUUCCAAUUUUGGUUUCAAAUUUAUUUUUUCCUACUCAGGUACUCUUAAUGUUCAUAUUCCCCUACCAUCAUAAUAACAUUCAUAUUCACACUACUUCAAUCGCUGAAUAGUGUAAAAUCUAAUGUUAUUUCUUCCAGCUUGUGUAUCUGCUGGUAACGGCAACGUUGGCGUAUGAGUGGGAUGAUAGUUUUGUGUAAUUGAUUUGUUCAUGGUAAGUUUUUCAAGGACGACCAAAAUUGCCCGGGUUCGAAAGACGAGUGCAAUCUAAAUUGAACCAGAAAGUACGACCAAUUAGGCCUAAUUUGCAUUUUUGGCACUGCAUGUAUUUCGAUAAAUUGCACUCUUCUUAGCCAAUCAGAAUUAAGUAAUUUUUUAAAGUAAAUUUUUAAGAUUUUAGUUUAAAUAGUAGAAGUGAUUAUGUAACUAUAGUGAAAGGAAAUUUUAUGCACGAAAACUUGUGCUCGUAAAUAAUUUUGGGGAAUAUCAGGGGGAGUCUUUCGCAAACAAUGAACCGUUUCCAUUCUGCAAAAUUGUUUAAAAUUAAGAUUUUAAAAUGAAUAUAAUGAAGUUGCAAUUACACUUCGUGUCGUGCAAUUAUUUUGUUCUGAAAUCAAACUUGUGAUUACAAAUCGCACUCGCACUUCGCGGUGGUGCGACUUUGUAAUCACGUGUUUGAUGUCAGACCAAAUUUCACUCCACGCAUUUACCAUUAUUCAUCACAUGUGUCUUUACUCGUUUAUCAGGGCGUUAACAGGGUGAAAUAAAAACGAUAUGUCACUGAUAUAGCUUUCGGUCCCGCUAUUUUAGUAAUUGUUGCAUAGGGGCAGUGGUUAAUAUUCAAUUUCCUUUUGCGCAAUUUCUUCUUCGGUGCCUGGGUAGGAGGUUGCCUCAUUUAAUUCCCCAGCCAAACUUUUGUCCUAAUCUUUACCACAGACCCAUUGAUUUACAUUUUACAAAUCAAAUCCAGGCACCCUUUUAAUUAAACUGUCUUCUUAAAUGUGUUAAAAUCAUUGUUAAAAUUUCAAACCAUUUCUCUAUUUAGGAUGCACCAACAAUCUUAGACGUGAUACAGUGUGCUGCAUAUAGAUCCCAAGGGAAUCUCCUUGAUUCAAAGACGAUUUUAAAGUAUAGUUUAGUUAUAUAGUACAUACAGUAUAAUAUCUCUGCCAGCAGAUUUCUUAAAAACUAGAACAACUGUACACCAUUUUAUUUUUUAUUUUUAUUCUAAAAGUGUGUCCUAAGAUUCAUAUUAAUCUUGUGCCAAUUACUUAGGCCGCGUUUACACUAUGACGCUACGGCUAACACUCUAGUAUUACGGACUAUAUUGUGUUUACACUAUAACGGAGCUGUUUGCCGUAGCGUCCUAACUACGGAAUUAUGUUGUGUUUACACUAUAACGGAGUGGUUUGCCGUAGCGUACUAACUGCGGAAAUCAAUUCCGUUAAAAAUUCACUACGUUUCUUAGUAUUGUGUUUACACUACAACGGAGUGGUUUGCCGUAGCGUAUUAACUACAGACCACUACGUUUGGCACUCCAGAUGCAAAUCACUACGCUACCGUAAAUUUGCCGUAGCGUCAUAGUGUAUAAAUGCGGCCUAAUAUGUGACGGAAGUGGUGAUUGAUGUGUAUUAUAUAAUGUGUUAUUUUUAAAUUUGUGGAAAG